UGUUGUAAGUUGCUGCCUUCGUGUAGUUAAAAAAUACAAUUAUUCAUUAGUUUGCAGCCCUGAAACUAUCAUUAGCAAACCGUGCACGCGCAGAAACCACACGACAAUAAUUUUGACCCGGAACGACCACUAGCUUGGAAUCCGGCACAAUGGGGUCCCUGUUUCGUAGUGAGGAGAUGUCCCUCUGCCAGCUGUUUCUGCAGAGUGAGGCCGCUUACGCGUGUGUGUCGGAGUUGGGAGAGCUAGGAUUGGUUCAGUUCCGUGAUCUCAAUCCCGACGUCAAUGCGUUCCAGCGAAAGUUUGUUAACGAGGUUCGUCGAUGUGACGAGAUGGAGCGUAAACUGCGCUACCUGGAGAAGGAAAUAAAAAAAGAUGGCAUUCCUAUGUUGGACACCGGCGAGAGCCCCGAAGCGCCUCAGCCACGCGAAAUGAUUGACUUGGAGGCAACGUUCGAAAAGCUGGAGAAUGAGUUACGUGAGGUGAAUCAAAACGCUGAGGCACUGAAGCGUAACUAUCUUGAGCUGACGGAGCUGAAGCACAUCCUACGUAAGACUCAGGUCUUUUUUGACGAGGCCGUACCUACUGGAAAUGUACCUAAUAAGACAAGAAACCGCUAUCAACAGAUGGCGGAUUCGCACAGGGAAGAGGAGCAGGUUAAUCUUCUUGGUGAGGAGGGCAUACGAGCAGGUGGUGCCGGGGCACAGGGACAAAAUCUAAAACUAGGCUUUGUUGCCGGAGUCAUCUUGCGUGAACGUUUGCCGGCGUUCGAACGUAUGCUUUGGCGUGCCUGCCGUGGUAAUGUGUUCCUGCGCCAAGCAAUGAUCGAAGACCCGUUGGAGGAUCCAUCGACUGGAGACAAGGUGUACAAGUCGGUGUUUAUCAUCUUCUUCCAAGGUGAUCAGCUGAAGACACGCGUAAAGAAGAUCUGCGAAGGUUUUCGCGCGACGCUCUAUCCAUGCCCAGAGGCCCCGACUGAUCGGCGCGAGAUGGCGAUGGGUGUGAUGACACGCAUCGAGGAUUUGCACACCGUGCUCGGACAAACGCAGGACCAUCGGCAUCGUGUGUUGGUGGCUGCGGCCAAGAACCUGAAGAACUGGUUCGUGAAGGUGCGCAAGAUCAAAGCCAUCUACCAUACGCUGAAUUUGUUCAAUUUGGACGUGACGCAGAAGUGUUUGAUCGCGGAAUGCUGGGUCCCGCUGUUGGACUUCGAAACGAUCCAGAUCGCACUGCGGCGGGGCACCGAGCGGUCCGGGUCUUCCGUACCGCCGAUCUUGAACCGAAUGGAAACGUUCGAGGAUCCACCGACGUACAACCGGACGAAUAAAUUUACGCACGCCUUCCAAGCAUUAAUCAAUGCGUAUGGUGUCGCGAGCUAUCGCGAAAUGAACCCAGCACCGUACACCAUCAUUACCUUCCCGUUCUUGUUCGCGGUAAUGUUCGGCGAUCUUGGCCACGGAACGAUAAUGGCUCUGUUUGGUUUGUGGAUGGUACUGAAGGAGAAACCGCUGGCGGCAAAGAAAUCUGACAACGAAAUUUGGAACAUUUUCUUCGGUGGCCGGUACAUUAUCUUCUUGAUGGGCGUCUUUUCGAUGUACACCGGCUUCGUGUACAAUGACAUCUUCUCGAAGUCUUUGAACUUGUUCGGGUCAGCUUGGUCCAUCAACUACAACACCUCGACCGUAAUGGGUAACAAAGCACUGCAACUUAAUCCGAAGGGCCUGGAUUACGCCCAAACGCCGUACCCUAUUGGGCUUGAUCCGGUCUGGCAGGUGGCCCCGUUGAAUAAGAUCAUUUUCCAGAACGCGUACAAGAUGAAGAUAUCGAUUAUUUUCGGUGUCAUUCACAUGCUGUUCGGUGUGUUUGUUGGUCUUUUCAAUCAUCGCUACUUCAAGAACAAGAUGGCUAUCUACUGCGAGUUUAUCCCGCAGGUCAUCUUCCUAGUGUUCUUGUUCUUCUAUAUGACGCUGCUAAUGUUCAUCAAAUGGGUUAAAUACUCUGCCAGCUCGGAACAGGUAGUCUAUUCUGCCGGUUGCGCUCCGUCGAUCUUGAUCACGUUUAUCAACAUGGUGCUGUUCAAGGCGCCCGAUGAAAAUAAUGGAGAUUGCUCGCCAUUCAUGUUCGCGGGCCAGCAAGGUUUGCAAAAGUUCCUUGUCAUCAUAGCGCUGCUUUGUGUACCAUGGAUGCUGCUUGCAAAGCCAAUUCUGAUCAUGCGCGGUCGUAAGGAAGCUGCCCAUCAACCAAUUGCACCGUACAGUAAUGAGAACGGCGAUGCCGAUGGGUUAAAUCAGCACAAUAACGCAGCAGCGACUCAGGGUGGACAGCAGCCACCGGCACAGCAGCAGGGAGGUGGAGGCCAUGGACACGACAAUGAAGAAAUGUCUGAAAUAUUUAUCCAUCAAGGUAUCCACACGAUUGAGUAUGUGCUUGGAUCUGUGUCUCACACUGCCUCGUACUUGCGUCUGUGGGCAUUGUCGUUGGCUCAUGCACAGCUUGCGGAAGUGUUGUGGAACAUGGUGCUGCAAAAUGGUCUGAAGCAGGAUGGUUGGAUCGGUGGAAUAGCUUUGUGGGCAGUGUUUGCCUUCUGGGCUGUGCUGACCGUGGGAAUUUUGGUGCUGAUGGAAGGUCUUUCUGCAUUCUUACACACACUUCGUCUUCACUGGGUGGAGUUCCAGAGUAAAUUCUACGCUGGUCUUGGAUACGCGUUCCAACCGUUCUCGUUCGAGGUUAUCCUGGAAUCAAGCUCCAGCUCGUCCGAAGACUAAAAUGUCGCUUAAAAUGUGUGCAUCAGUGAAGCAUGGAUGCGAUACCGCAGUCAACAAACGAAUACAAUAUGAAUAUAUACUCGUACACAGAUUGCUCUUCGUUGGUGCACUAUUGCGACCCAACAGUGUCAUCCCUAUUCUUCUUCAAACGCCAUUAAUAGUCGAGAUCAAAUGAAGCACAUACAAAAAUGCAGCGCGUGUCUGGAGCACUAGAACGCAGUCUGGAACGUUUAAGCUAUAGAGCACACAUUAAUAACUAACUCGAAAUAUAAAUUAUACAUGUUUAAUCCCUUGAAAAUUAAAAAUGACAUUCACGAAUUUAUCCUUGCUAAAGCUGUGCGCGCGUCAUUUGAAAGUAGAUUUAUAUAUGUACCGUCGUAGCAAAACUUGGUAAAGACAGUAAAGACUAUCCAAAACCCCUGUUCUAUUCAGAACGCUUCAUGCACAGCCAAGGCAAAUUACAGCAAGACGCAUUAUCUACGUAUUGUUCGAUAAAAAAUUGCUUUCGGCGGUUUAGUCUUUGUCACUUUUUAGACAACAUUUCAAUACUUCGACACUGUGACGAUUCCUGCCGAUUGCAACACUUAUCAAAUAUUGGAAUAAAUGUUACUUGUUCAUUAGUAUCAGCAAAGCA